AUGAUGAAGACAUUUGAGAUGACUGACCUUGGGUUGAUGAACUAUUUCCUCGGUAUAGAGGUGAAACAACAAGAAGACAACAUAUUUAUCUCUCAAAAGAAAUAUAUUGAAGCCCUAUUGAAGAAGUUCAAGAUGUAUGAUUGUAAACCUGUCGCUACUCCAUUGGUGGUAAAUGAGAAACUACAAAAAGAUGAUGGAGCACAAGAAACAGAUGCAUCACGCUACAGAAGUUUGAUUGGAAGUCUCUUAUAUCUCACAGCCACAAGACCAGACAUUAUGUAUGCCACAAGUCUUCUAUCAAGAUUCAUGCAAAAGCCAAGUCAGAUUCAUUAUGGAGUAGGGAAAAGAAUUUUAAGAUAUCUACAAGGCACAAAGGAGUUUGGAAUAUGGUACAAAACCAUGACUAACUCAAGGAUCAUUGGCUACACCGAUAGUGAUUGGGCAGGAUCAAAAGAUGACAUGAAGAGCACCUCAGGCUAUGCUUUCUCGCUUGGAUCGGGAAUAUUCUCUUGGGCAUCAAAGAAGCAAGCAACUGUUGCACAAUCAACAGCUGAAGCAGAAUAUGUGGCUGCUGCUGAAGCAACAAGUCAAGCUAUAUGGCUUCGAAAGAUAUUCAAAGAUAUGGGAGAGAAACAAAGUGGACCUACUACAAUCAACUGUGAUAAUAAAUCAGCUAUCGCAAUGACAAAGAACCCAAUACAUCACAGAAUGCUGUCGCGUUCUCGCUCUGCUAUUGGUAGAGGCGCGAUGUUUUUCAUUCUUCCGAUGAAUCACAUGGAGGAAUCAAUGGUCGUUUUGGCGUUUGCGAUGGAGGCUCACACAGAUUUGCUAUUGUUGGAAGAUGGUUGUUUGCAAAUGCGUUAG